AUGAGGAAGUGAUCUGAUCUGGAUGGUUUGUUCAGGAAAAUACUCAAAAUACAACAGGAUAAUCCCAGUGCUAAGAUUAGCUACUCAUCCUCUCAAAAUGCCCCCUUUAAAGGCCUUGGCUCUCCUAACAAUACACCAGUUGCUCACAACAGAGAAGGCAACCAUGACUGAGAAAACAUUUGUGGAAGAAAUUGAAAAAGCAAUACAGAAAUCCAAAGGACUUAACAUCAAUGAACUUCUAUUUUCCCAUCAGGGUACACUCUACCCAACCACUGUGUGCAGUGCAGAAACUUUCCAAGCCUUGGAGAACUUUGAAAGCAGAAAAGAUGAUUUGGUGUUGGUCUCCUACCCAAAAUGUGGUGUUAAUUGGCUCAUUCAGAUUCUGAAUGAACUGAUAGCCACAACUUUGACAACUAAGCCAGAGAAUACAGAAUUGCCAUUUAUUGAGUGUGGAGAUCCAGAAAAGUAUGAGAGGAUGAAACAGUUCCCAUCUCCAAGGAUUGUGGCCACACACCUCCAUUAUAACCAUAUUCCCAAGUCCAUCUUCAAAAAUAAAGCCAAGGUGUUGGUGCUCUUUCGAAAUCCAAAAGAUACAGCUGCAUCGUUUUUCCAUUUUCAUAACAAUGCUCCAAGCGUUCCCAGUUACAACUCCUGGGAGGAUUUUUUUCUACAGUUUAUAAAUGGGCAAGUUGCCUGGGGAUCCUAUUUUGACCAAGCAGUUGCCUGGAACAAACACAUAGAUGAUGAAAAUAUUCUGAUUCUGACAUAUGAAGAAUUAAAAGAGGAUUUGGUUGCUGGAGUAAAGCAAAUAGCUGAAUUCUUUGGUUUCAUGGUUACUGCAGAGCAAAUCCAGGUAAUUGCAGACAGGGCGUCCUUUGAAGCAGUGCAGGAGAGAUCACAGGAGACACAUGGUGCAGUUGGUCCACUUCUCUUUCGAAAAGGAGUGGUAGGAGAUUGGAAGAACCUUUUUGAUGAAACGCAGAAUCAAGAAAUGGAUGCUAAAUUUAAGGAGUGUUUAGCAGGAACUAAGUUGGGCACAAAGCUGAAGUAUGAGGUGUACUGCAAAGCCUGAAAAUGCCUUUUGUGUAAAGUCUUUGUUGGGCAAAUGAUUUCUUUGCUUUCCUGUAUUUAACUUUAAUCAAAACAGCCAUCUCUGCAGUAAAUUUCAGAUCAUGUGGAACUUUUUAAGUGUCAGAGUUUGCAUGUUUUCAUUAAGCUGGAUCUGGUUAUACUAUUUAACAAAGCAUAGGGCAGCCGAUUUCUCCUAGGUGGUAUAGGCAGAUCUCCAUUAUGAUGUGUCUAAAGAAAAAAAGAAGGUGGCAUGGGCAUAGGAUUGCCAGUAAUCAAUCAGAUGUCCUCUUUCUCUGUCCUAUAAAAACGCUGUGAAGCAACAGCAGGGGAUGUUUUGGCUGUGCCUCCUUCUCAACAUCCACCAUUCCACACACCCCCUCCAGCAGAAAUGAAACACUCCAAAUAAAGCUAUGAGAAACAUCUGCAUCUUUUUCUACUGCCUAGACCAGUACUAGGGAGACCUCUGACUGACUCUCCAGAUCUUGUUGCACUUUAAUUCUCAGAAGCCUCAUAGGCAAUGGUGAGCUUUUAUGUGAGUUGUAAUCCAAAACAUUUGUAGGAUCAAAGGUUCUUCCCUAUCCUCCCAAGACCUUCCAAACAGGGAAGCAAGAUCUCCAAAGUGACACUGCGAAGUUCAUCAUGAAUUAUCUUUGUACAGACCAUGCCUGUCCAUUUUCUUUUCCUUUACAAAAUAUAGAGGGGGUUAUGUUUAUACAGUAUAGAGAGGAUUAUGCACAGUAUAGUGGUCUGAGCAUUGAAUUAAAACACUGGGAGAUCAGGGUUUCAAUCCCUGCUGGGUCAUGCCACCCCCCUGUGUGACAUUGGGCAAGUCAGAGGAAGGCAAGAGGAAACCCCUUCUGAACAAAU